AUGGGCAGCCUGGGUGUUUGGGCUGUGGCUGUGGCCACUCUGCUGGGAACCUCAGGGUGCUGGCUGGCUGAAGGGCACAAGGGCAGCAGGCGAGGAAGCGUGGACAGAGCCAGCAUGUCACGUACCUCCUCCCAGGAACCACAUUCCAUGGAGAAGGGGAAAGCAGACGGGAACAUCGAUCAAUCCCUUUCCGACCCAAAUGAAGAUCCCUGUCGAAGGACCUACUGUGGACGGGGUCGGCAAUGUGUGCUGAUGGCGGAAACUGGCCGUGCUGAGUGCGUUUGCCAGGAAAAAUGUCGGCCCUCCUUUGUGCCGGUGUGUGGCUCAGACGGCAGGUUCUACGAGAACCACUGUGAAGUUUACCGCACCGCCUGCCUGGAGAGGAGACGGAUCUAUGUGGUGCACAGCAAAGACUGCUUCUUCAAAGUCAAUGCAUGCACCAUGUCAGAGUACAACAAGCUGAAGAGCAUGCUGCUGGAUAUGCAACCUAAAGUGCCGAAGGUUGGAGAGCAGAACCAGCAGAGAGACAUGGAGGAGAAGAGAGCACUGGUGGAUACCAUGUUCAAAUACCUGGAUGUGAACCUGGACGGCCGGCUGGUCAGCGAUGAGCUGGAAAAGAUCUCCAUGAAGGAGCACCUGGAGGACAGCCUGUUGGAGUGCACCAUGCAGGACCUGCUGCGUUACGACGACUACAACAACGACGGACACCUCAGCCUGCAUGAGUUCUAUACAGCUUUCCAGGUUGUCCAGCUGAGCCUGGCGGAAGACCAGCGCAUUAGUGUCUCCACGGUAACAGUGGGCCUCAGUGCCGUGCUUACCUGUGCCAUUCAGGGGACGCUGCGCCCACCAAUCAUUUGGAAGAGGAACGGCAUCAUAUUAAACUUCUUGGACUUGGAGGAUAUCAAUGACUUUGGGGACGAUGGCUCCCUGUACAUCACCAAGGUGACAACCAUUCACAUGGGGAACUACAGUUGCCAUGCCUAUGGCUAUGAAGACCUCUAUCAGACACAUGUGCUGCAGGUGAAUGUCCCUCCAGUGAUCCUGGUCUAUCCGGAGACGCAGGCCCAGGAGCCCGGCGUAUCUGCCAGCCUCCACUGCCACGCUGACGGCAUCCCAAAUCCCAAACUCCUCUGGCUGAAGAACGGCAUGGACCUGCAGCCCAGAUCCUCCAAGCAGCUGUCUCUCAUAGCAAACGGUAGCGAGCUCUUUAUUGGCAGUGUCCGGUACGAGGACACUGGAGCCUACACAUGCAUUGCCAAGAACGAAGUUGGAGUGGACGAGGAUAUCUCUUCUCUGUUUGUUGAAGACUCAGCCAAGAAGACCCUUGCAAACAUUCUUUGGAGAGAAGAAGGGUUGAGUGUGGGGAACAUGUUCUAUGUGUUUUCUGAUGAGGGCAUCACAGUUCUCCAGCCCAGCGAAUGUGAGAUACGAAGACAUAUGAAGCGGACAGAGAGGAUUGUUGCUACCUAUGAGGAGAUGUGCCCUAAAGGUGAGGGGGUGUCACCCCAGCACUGCGUGUGGUCCUCAGCAGUCAACAUCAGGGAUAAGUACAUCUACGUGACGCAGCCCCUCCAGAGCCGACUGCUGGUCGUUGAUAUUCAGGCACAGAAGGUGGUGCAGGCAGUAGCAACAGAUCCUUUUCCAGUGAAGAUGCUCUAUGACAAAUCACAUGACCAGGUGUGGGUCCUGACAUGGGGAGAUAUGGACAGAACACACCCAACACUUCAGGUAAUUCCUCAAGCCAGUGUGGGAGAAGUACAUCAUGCCAUCCGCACAACUUUCCAGAGAGUCAAUGACUUCUUCAUUCCUCCAACCAACCUCAUCAUCACUCACGUGAGGUUUGCCUUUGUCUUCCUCAAAAAUGAACCUGCGGUACACAAGAUUGACCUGGAGACCUUGCACCGUGUCAAGACCAUCAGCCUCAAGAACUACAGCUGCAUACCAGUCAGCAUGGCUUACACGCAUCUGAGCGGCUUCUACUUCAUCCAAUGCCAGAGCAAGAGCCACCUACAAGCCCCGCCCCAGCUUCUCAUCGACAGCGUGACGGACACAGUGACCGGUCCGAACCUGAAUGUCACAGGUCAGCCCUUUGUAUCACCAGACGGCCGCUACAUUGUGACACCUGACCCACUCAGCUCAAAGCUGAUAGUUCAGACAGUGUCAUUCCAGGGGGAGCUGGGUCUGAACCAGGAAAUUGACGAGCCUGUAGCUGUCUCUGAUCUGGUUUUCCAGCCCUCCUUCACGGAGUCCAACCAGCAUGUGGUGGUGGCCACCUCAGGCUCAGGCACGGACCUGCUAUUUGCCGAUCUGUCCUCGGGCCACACUGAGGUUCUCCGGAGCCUCAAGGAGCCCCUGGCUGCCCAAGCCUGGCCCUGGGGAGGCCCCAACAGAGUGGUGGUCUCAAGCGGGUUGUUCGGACAGUACCUGGUGACGCCAUCGGCCGAGUCCCUCUUUGUCCUGAACGGAAAACAGAGAACGCCACACUGCGAGGUGUCAGACAUCAAGAGAGGGAACACAGUUGUCUGGGUCGGCGAGGUAUGA